UCUCUCUCUCUCUCUCUCUCUCGUAUAAGCGCAGGGCAGGCAAGGAAAAACACAGUGUGAGGAUUUAAUUGAAAUCAAUGGGGAAAACUAAGAAGGAAGAGAAAUCGGACGAUAUAGAAAUAAUAUCAGCCGGAAAGCUGUUCACUGGUCCAUGGGAGAAGAAGUAUUGGAGCUCAUCUAGGGGUAAAUCGAGGUAUCCUUAUCCUGUUGGAUACAAAUCAGCGAGGACUCAAAAUGGGGUUACUUACACCAUGGAAAUUCUCGAAGGUCUAAAAGGUCCAUCAUUCGUGAUUAGUUCUUCCGAUGGCAAGUCUUGUUCCGGGGACACUCCAGAUAUGGCAUGGGAGAGCUUUCAGAAGAAAGGCUGUUCAAAGUUGUUGCAUGGGAAGAGAUUUUCGUGUAAGAUAGAUGGAGCGGAGUCUUUUGGAUUCAAAAACACAUUUGUUCAGAGAUUACUGCGAGAAUUGGUAGCAAGUGUUGGUGAUACUGCUGAACAGAGUUUUGUACCGUCAAACUUCUCGAAUGAAUGCCAACCAUCAAGUCUUGGUCCUGAUUUGCCGACCAAUUUGGUGAAACCACACAUUGAAGGAAAGAGAAAGAUGAUCGACAAAGUUGUUACAAGUAAAAGACUAAGUAGAACUCCUGUCAAUCAACAUCAGCAAGAAAAAUGCACAAAUAAUGGUAGCUCUUCAAACUCCAAGCAAAGAGAUCAACCAAAUCCUGGGAGCGGUGGUCCUUCAACUUUUGCUGGUGCAGAUGAAGUCUCUAGCUUUUGCCACAGUUCAGGAGUAAUGGAGCCAGAAAACUUGGCUACCAUAGUAGAGAAUGAAAAAUGUCUAACAAUUGCAGAAAGAGGCAAGUUGGAUUCUUUGGACCAUCUCAAAGUAGGAGGUUCCCUUUCCCAUGAAGAAAAAGAACUCAGUGAUAGGUCAAGAUAUGGUGAGGUCCAAGGAAUCAAUAACUUAACACAAAAAGAGAGGAGUAGAGUGAGUAAUUAUCAGCAUGACCUGCCAGUUGUCAAUGGUGAUGAUCUAUGUGGACCAGACACUUUGGAUCAAGCUGAAGACAGUUCCGUUUCUUCUCGAAAGAACGUGCAAGUGAAUUUGAUCGUGAAAGAUGCAAUUGUCAAUGAUGUGGGCGAGUCUGAGGUUUUAGUCCCUGAUUCACUUCCAGAAGAUGAAAUAGGCAUAUCUCCUUGCAACACGGGCUCAGAAAAGUGUGAUGCUGAUUCAGUUAGUCAAGAAUUAGCCAACUCCAUGAUGACACUUCUACUCCCUCGAGCUGUUCCUUUACUUAAAACAUUCACUAGAAAGAAAAAGAAAAGUGCAAAGCCUCCAAAAAAUCCUACUCAUAGAUCUCAGGAGGAAAAUAAUAUGCCCAACAUUGGUGUGAAUGAUGCAACCAUAGACAGCGGGCUAGCUGAGCACUCAGAUUUGGACAGAAUGAAUGCAAAGGCCUGUAUUCCAUAUCCUUGUCAGGAUUCAGUUAUCUCAACCUGUGGGUACUCGGAUUCUGUGGUGCCUGAUGGUUUUGACAAUGAUGUUCCACAAGAUCCGCUUCCUCAUGGUUUCUCUUUUGGAGAUAAAGUUCCUGCUAUUCAUGCAUCACAAAUGGAAGGAGCUUCUCGACCAGAAAGUAUGAUAUCUGAAGUUCUCCAAGAUAUUUGCAUGCCUGAGGACAAAGAAUUUGCUGAUUGUGAUAACUCAUCUUUAAACUUACAAACCCCAAGUACAAGUUGUUGCAAUAUGAUUGAGAACAAUGAGAUGAAUGACGAGUCAAGGUCCAAUAUUCAACAAAAGGUGAAGUUAAAUGACAAGCUAGGGGGUCUUUUCAAGCUUUCUGGAUGCUAUGUCCACCCGAUGCCAAUUUCAAUGGUGCAGCUGAUUGUUAAAGAGAAUGAAAUGUUUAUAUUUGUGAAAUGUGGAUACCCGGAGCGCAAGGAAAGCACCCUCUUUCUCUACAAGGCCCUACAGAGUGGAGAGAGGAUGGGGUGCCCUUCAUUAAUUGGUCAUAUGUCAAUAGCUUUGCAAAUUUCAAAAGAUGUACUUGGUAGAGAUAUUGCUGCUAACAGAUCUUUGCUACAAUUAACCCCCGAUGCACAAUCAAUUGUUUUAUCAAACAGCAUUAAAACUCCUUGCUGUAGGGAGGGUAAAUUGCAUUGUACAUGUCCGGAUUGUACUUCAGAUAUCUGUGAGAGAAAUGCAGUUAAAAUUGUUCGAUUAAGAAGAGGAUAUGCUUCACUCGUGACAAAACUGGAAACUGCUCAGGGUGUAUGCUGUUUAUUAGUUUGUGAACCUAGUUUUCUUCUUGCUGCUGAGGCGGAUGGAAAGCUGAAGCUGUGGAUCAUGAACUCUGCAUGGAGCGGACAGAAAGAAGAUUGGUAUUUACCUACAGUUGACUGGAUGUUUCCUACUAUAAUGGAGUUGAAAGCGAUUCCAAAGUCUGCUAUUUUAGUUGUUGGCCAUAAUGGGUUUGGGGAAUUUGCCUUAUGGGAUAUUAACAAACGCAACCUGGUAUCAAGGUUCUCCUCCCCAGGCAUGUCAGUUUCGGAGUGCAUUCCAGCCAGUUUUUUCAGAUGGCAAAGGAAAGGACAGAGCAAGACAGAGUCAAUUAUAAAUGACAUCAUGGACGCCACAAAAACCUCGUUUUCAUCAAAAAGUGAAAAGAAUCACAGAUUUUCACCAGAGGAUAGUGAUGUAGCCGUUUGGCUUCUGAUUUCAACCCCCUCCGAUCCAGAUUCACAAUGUAGUCAAUCUUAUGAACAAGAACCUAAUCCAGCUGGAUAUUGGAAGCUUGCUUUGUUGGUGAAUAAAACGGUGAUCGUUGGAAGUGUUUUGGAUGGAGGGGCUGCUGCAGUCACAUCUGUUGGUCAUGGAGUCGUCGGUAAAGGCAACGGAACGGUUUAUUUGUGGGAAUUAUCUACAGGAAAGAAGCUAGGAAACCUACACUCGUUUAAAGGUAGUCGAGUAUCGUGCGUUACCACUGAUACUUCAGAAUCGGGUGCUUUGGCCAUAGCUAGCGCAGACCAGCUGCUCGUUUAUAUGCAGUCUUGAAGAAAUUUUUCGCGGGAGUUUCUCAUCAAAACAUUUGUACAGCUAUUUCCACAAUUUUCUUUUGAAACUCACACCUCAUAUCAAGAUGUGUGUGUUGAAUGUAUAUCUAUACGUUCGAUUUCUUAUCCAAUUAACCUCUACAUAACUCGAUCAAACUGGUUAAAAGGUGUGAAAACAAUCUUUUGCUUAUUCAGAGCAAGGGAUCCGGUGAAAUCAAUUUGAAAAUGAAUGUAAAAAUAGCUGUUCAAGAUG